AUGGUUAUUUCCGGGCAGCGGGAGGAGCUCGGGCCCGUUUUGUGGCCCGAGUUCCUCGGUGUGAACGACCCAUCACAACUUGAGAGUUCUGCCAAUAUGGCUCGAUAUGGAGAUGUAAAGCUUAGAGUUGCCGUUAAAGGAGGGAACUCUAAUAUUUAUAGUUCCAAGUCUAUUUGGUGGUCCGACAUUCUUUCGUUAGAAAAGAAUAUUCCGGAGAAUUUUAUUGGUGCUAAAAAAAUUUUCGGGUUGGGGAUGGACGUUUAUAUAGCCGGUAUGGAAGGUUGGAUUGACGGCGUUUGGCAUUGGAACAAUUUCGGCAUUCCAUUUUUGCUGGAUUCGGAGAUUGGGGCAGCAACUAUGUUGCGGCAUUUCCUGGGACAGCAGCACUGUCCGUUGCCUGGCCGUGAGGGUGCUGUUCCGGAGUGGACAGCGGACGAGUCGAAGCGCUUUACGGUCUCCUCUUGUUACAAAGUCCUUUUCUCUAGGUACGUCACUUUUGGUCCUUCAAAUCGCUUUGAUAUAGAAUUGGAAUCUAUAUGGAAGUGUGAUGUUCCGUUGAAAAUAAAUGCGUUCGGUUGGAGGUGUUUCUUAAAUAGAAUUCCUACAAAAGAUUUGCUUGCGAAUCGAGUCAAUGAUUUACACUUUUGUUACAUUUUGGGUUCUAUGAUUAUGAUUACCCUUUGUUGUCAUGUGCUGCGUGAUUUAUUAGUAAUGUCGAAGAACAUCAACAAUUUGAAGACCAUCACCGAUUCAAAAACAUCGCAGCAUCUUUCUCUGAAAAUGAAUCGAAGUUGGAUGUAUGAUAGAGUAAACUCCAAUAGGUAUGGUUUGAAAGAUGAUUUUGUUAGUGGAGUUGAAGAUUUUGUCAAUAAGGCCAUGAAUCGACCAGAAUUUUUAAAUGAUGGAGGGAUAAGAUGUCCUUGUGUAAAAUGCGCCUGCAUUCCCUUUAAGGCGCCUAGUGAGGUUAGACAUCAUUUGUACAAAGAUGGUUUUUUGCCCAACUAUUACACAUGGACUGAUCAUGGAGAAGAUAAUCAGAAUGUAGGCUUUGAUGUUCAUUCCAAUAGUGGCGGAAAUGCUGGUGGGGAUAAUCUGGAUGAUGAAGAACAAUUUGAUGCAAUGAAUGAAAUGGUCUAUGAUGCUAGUAGGCAAUUUGUUAAUGCCCCAAAUGUGAAUGCUAAUAUGGAAAAUGAAACGGUUGGUGAGGGCGAGGUACCAAAUGGAGAAGCUCAACGAUUUUAUGAUGUAUUGACCUCUGCAAACCAACCCCUUUAUGAGGGAGCUUCUGAAUCCAGACUAUCUAUUUCAGUUAAGUUGUUGGCUGCCAUGUCUAAUUGGCAUGUUCCUCAAAAGGCCUUGGAUUUUUUCACUCAAAUGCUUAUAGAUGUUUGUCCAACAAAUCAACGCUUACCUGAAAACCAUUACCAAGUGAAGAAGUUGGUGUCUAAGUUAGGAUUGGAGGUUGAGAAAAUUGAUUGUUGUGUGAAUGGAUGCUUAUUAUUUUAUAAAGAAGAUAGCACUUUAACUCAAUGUAGAGUUUGUGGGGCUGCUAGGUAUGUUCCUCGAAAGAGUGGAAUGGGAGACUACAAAGAUGUGGCUGUGAAGAGAAUGUUAUACUUUCCAAUCAUUCCUAGGUUACAACGACUUUAUGCUUCAAAGGAAUCUGCAUCUCAAAUGAGAUGGCAUCGCGAAAACACGAGCAAUCCAAAUGUUAUGCGUCACCCAUCUGAUGGAAAAGCAUGGAAACACUUUGAUGAAGUUUAUCCUGAUUAUGCUAGUGACCCAAGAAAUGUAAGAUUAGGUUUAUGUACUGAUGGGUUUACACCUUACAUUCAAGCCUCUAGUUCUCCGUAUUCAUGUUGGCCGAUAAUAGUCACACCGUAUAAUCUCCCUCCUGAAAUGUGCAUGACCAAACCAUACAUGUUUUUGACUUGUCUUGUACCUGGACCGUACAACCCAAAAGCUAAAAUAGAUGUUUACUUGCAACCUUUGAUUGAUGAUUUGUUGCGCUUGUGGAAAGAUGGCGUUGUGACAUAUGAUAUCUCUAUGAAGCAAAAUUUUGUCAUGAGAGCGCAUUUAAUGUGGACAAUCAAUGAUUUUCCAGCAUAUGGUAUGUUGUCUGGAUGGGGGACACAAGGUAGAUUAGCAUGCCCUUAUUGCAUGGAUAGUACAGAGGCUUUCACCUUAGACUAUGGGGGAAAACAAUCUUGGUUUGAUUGUCAUCGUCGGUUUUUACCAAUGGAUCAUCCGUUUAGAAAAAGUAAAAAGAGAUUUGCAAAAAACAAGAUUAAGAAAAAAAGACCACCUUACAUGUUUACCGGCCAUGAUCUCUGGGAAGUUGUCCGUGAUUUUCCAAAAGUGACAGAUAGUGAUUGGGCCACCAAAUUUCCAGGGUAUGGUAAACAACAUAAUUGGAUCAAAAGAAGUAUAUUUUGGGAUCUUCCAUAUUGGAAGGACAACUUGUUAAGGCACAACCUUGAUGUGAUGCACAUCGAGAAGAAUGUAUUUGAUAAUGUGUUUAACACCGUCAUGAAUGAUCCUGCAAAAACAAAGGACAAUGAAAAGGCAAGAUUGGAUUUACCUCUUAAUUGUUUACGUGGGGAUUUAGAGUUGCGUCCUCUACCUAAUGGAAAGAUGUCUAAGCCAAAGGCAAAAUUUUCGUUGACAGUCGAAGAGGCAAAGCUAGUCUGUAGAUGGAUUAAGGAACUAAAAAUGCCUGAUGGCUAUGCUUCGAAUCUUUCUAGGUGUGCCGAUGUCACCAAGGGUAGGAUGAAGGGGAUGAAAUCCCAUGACUGUCAUGUAUUCAUGGAGUGUUUGCUUCCAAUUGCUUUUCGUUCCUUGCCUAGUGAGAUAUGGAAGCCGCUAACUGAGUUAAGUCGAUUUUUUAAAGACUUGUGUUGUAAUACAUUGAAGUUGGAAGACCUUGUUAGGUUGGAGCAGAACAUUCCCAUCAUCAUAUGCAAGCUAGAAAGAAUUUUUCCACCAGGUUUCUUUGACUCGAUGGAACAUCUCCCAAUUCACCUGCCUAAUGAAGCAAUCCUUGGUGGUCCUGUACAAUAUCGUUGGAUGUAUCCAUUUGAAAGAUUGAUGGGAGACUACAAGCGUUCAGUGAAAAAUAAAGCCAGGGUUGAAGGUUCAAUAUGCACUGCCUACCUGCAUCGUGAAACUACUUAUUUUUGCUCUCACUAUUUCAAGACCGUUAGUUUGUUGCCAAGUACAAGUUCUAGAAACGAUCCUGGAUCAUAUCAUGAGAAUGUCCAACAAACACUUUCUGUUUUUAACAAAUGUGGUCGUCCUAGUGGAAAGCCUCGAGACUAUUGGGUGCUUGAUAAAGAAUGGGAAUCUGCUCACAUGCACGUCCUAAUCAAUUGUGAUGAGGUUAAACCGUACCUCGAAUUGUUCAUGCAAUAUCAUCGUAUCAAUGAGGAAGAUGCUUCUGGUCUUAUACACGAGCAAUUUCCUUCAUGGCUAAAGGAAUAUGUGAAUGAUGAGAGAAAUGGAACACCUAGUCCAUACGUGAAGGCAUUAGCAUUCGGUCCUAAUCCUAAGGCAACAUCAUGGCACAUCUACUUUGUUAAUGGGUACAAGUUUCACACUGAAGAAUGGAGUCAUGGUAAAAAGACUACUAAUUGUGGGGUACAUGUUAAAGGAAUUACAAAUGGAGGAGAAGAUGAUUUUUAUGGUAUCAUCCAACGUAUCCUUCAAUUGGAAUACUAUGGCUUUAGCAACAAGAUUUCCCUAUUUUACUGUGCUUGGUUUGAUCCAACAAGUAAUAGUGGCACAAGAGUUAAUAAGGUGUACAAUAUUGUUGACAUUAAGAUGAAUAAGCGAUAUCGUCAAUAUGAUCCGUUCAUUCUUGCACAAGAAGCAAAACAAGUGUAUUAUGUCCCAUAUCCAGAUAUGUGUAGAAACAUGCGUGGAUGGUGUGCUGCAAUCACCACUAAACCAAGGGGUUAUGUGGAGAUAGAUAACACCAAUGAUGAAAUUCCUUAUCAAUCCGAUGAAAUGUCACCAGUUGUACCUAUUACAGAACUUGAACAAAUACGUGGUUUAGCCGAUGAAGGAUUAAUUGAUGUGGUCGAUCCAGUAGUAGUGACAAAUGAUCCAAUGAUUCAAGAUGGAGAGAACAAUGAUGUAGAUUAGUUGCAGUUUUAGUUUAUAAUAGGCCAUGGUAGAUUAGUUGUAGUUUUUGUUUUAUUAUUGUUGCAAUAUAUUGUGUUUUGAAGAUAUUGAUGCUUAGUUAUAAGUUAUAUAUUGUGUU